GUCGAUAUCGCGGCCAGUAGUCGACCAAGAGUGCGUUCAAGAGGCCUCAUCCUCGGUACCGCGCAUUUCAAGUGGUAGAAUUUUGCGAGUUGAAUUUUAUUCGUUGUGGCCGAAUAAAUACUCGUUGUAACGUCUCAAACUCACGCAUAUUCUUAUCGGCUGUCAUGUUGGCGGUAAAAAUCUUACGGUGAAAGUGAUGAAAACAAGUUUCUGUUGAAUAACUAUCGCGCCAAAGAUGUUCUGCAAGCAUUGAUUAUCGUCGAUACCUACAUUUUCACUCGUACUUAUAUUUCUUUUCUUCGUCGCUGAAUCAACUUGUUAAUCCAACGCCUGUACGAAGACGACGUUAACGUCACUGAAAUGAAGCGGGCAUUGUUGUUUAUUACCUUGGCUUCGUGGUCCACGGGGCAGAUCGUCUUUCCUGAUACCUACGACUCGAUGAUUGCGAAAACAGUCAAACCUCAGAGAUUUCAAUCGAGUCCUCAGAUUGUCGAAAACAAUAUUUUGAACGAUAAUCGCGCCGCCGUUUCUGCGUUCAGCUCACCGCAAGCACCAACUUCGGCGCUGAUCUCGGGGCAAAAUGAUCAAUUGCCCGCAGUUUGGAGUAGAAGGGCAAACAGCGUGAUAUCCAAAGGCGUAGCCCGGUUUGCCUUGAGAGUCGAUGGGGCAGUUUCGGCUACACAGGCAAGAGGAAUUCCAGCAGGAAAUAAUGAAAAUGUCAUAUUUUCGCCGCUCAGCGUCGCAGCUGCUUUGGCUUUGGUGCUUUUGGGCUCGGCUGGAAAAACCUUCGAGGAAGUUUCCACGCUGCUCGGAUUCAACGCUGGCGUUGAUAUAUCAAGAAAUUCCGAAAUUGUUCACCAGAUGUUCGGUGUUUUGCUCGAUGCUAUCAGUGGCACGCCCGGAAUACCCGCUCCGCAAUCUUACUUCGCCAGCGGAAUAUUCGUCCGGGACGGCUACCCAAUCAGGAGAGAAUUCCAGGCAGUAAGCCGAGACGUCUACAAGAGUGAAGUGAUAAACCUUGAUUUCGAGAAGAAUGGUCGCGAUGCUCAGGAAAAAGUGAACUCCUGGGUGAGUCAAAAGACGCGAGGAAAAAUUUCUGAAAUCCUGCGUGAACCGCCUUCACCUGAAACGAAGGUCAUAAUAGCGUCUGCGCUGUAUUUUAACGGAGAGUGGAAUCAGUUCUUCAUCGAUGGUGCCACGAAAAGGAAACCUUUUACCGUUGCGCCUGGUGAGGUCGUCGAUGUCGACAUGAUGUUCAACGGUGGAGAAUUUCCCUUCUUUGAGGACAAAGAGCUGCAAGCUAAGAUCGUUGGGCUUCCUUACAAGGGGAAAGAGGUGACGAUGUACGUCGUGCUUCCCACGAACCGAGGCGUGAACGCAUUGCGGGAUCUGGAAAGUCGGCUGAGCGCCGAGAGGCUGGAAAAUCUGAUCGGAAGCACGAAGAAUGAAACGUGCAUAAUAGCGCUGCCACGGAUGAAGUUGUCGAGCACAUUGAGUCUGAGUAGAGCUCUGCAGUCGUUGGGAUUAAACUCUCUCUUCGACCCGCUCUCGGCUGACCUGAGCCUUUUGUCUCCAGGUUACACAGGAGCCUCGUUUCAGCUCCAGAGCAACAAUCAAUUCGCGAAUCCCUCAAGGACGCAGGCAGGCAUAGGUCUAAACGACAAAAUCUCGUUCCCGAACAGGUUCGGCGAGGAUGAAGAGACCACAACACCUCUGACGUCACCGUUAAGGCGAAACUUUUUCAGUUACGACGACAGAGUUGGCGGCUACCACGUGCAGCAGUGGGCAACGGGCUUCAGUAUCAGCCGGAUUAACCGGCAGCGCCGCCGGCGGAGCUUUCGGGUAGCGCUCCGGAAAAGCGCGGCACAUUCAAACCGCGCUAGGCGGCAGGUUCGCCCCAUCGAUCAAGACUUUCUCAACUACGUCAGUCAGAAUCGACCGUCGUACGGCCUCGACAACCUUCGUAACAACUUGGAGCUUACCAAUCCUGGCCUCUUUGCCGAAGACGUUAUCCAUCGCGUUGAGAUCGACAUUACGGAGAAGGGAACCGAGGCCGCCGCUGUUACCGCCGUCACUCUCACCAGGGACGGUAGUCAGAAACGACUCGUUGCCGACCGUCCAUUCCUCUUUUUCAUCAGGCACGAAUCCACCGGUCUUCUACUAUUUUGGGGCACCGUUAAUAAGCCAACCCCGAAUUAUCCCAGUGAGAAGCGAACGACUUAGACUACCUUGCGAUUCUUAGACUGUAAUUUUUAUUCCACCCUUUUCUUUUCGUUCAGUCGACUCUUUUCCGAUUCUGGAUAACGGGAAUCUGUUAUACAAGUAUAAUAACUAGGGAAAAGUAAGAGAAAUCCGGAAAUUUGGACGGAAUAGGAUCCCGGAAAUGACCCUGGAGAUACAUGAAAUCUCAGGGAAGAACACUUUUCCCUCACAAGAGAAAAAAAAAAUCGUUGACUUCUGGAGCAAUUAGUUUAGUAUAGAUUUUUCCGGGGAUCCAUUUUUUGCUGCUUUUCAUCCGCGAAGAGAUUUUCAGAAGAUGAACAAGUCGUCGAUACGUUUCGAUAAUUUGGUGACUGUUCAACAGUGAAAAGGGUUUCUAAAUAUUCUAUA